UACACUGGUGUUGGCUCGGUAGACUGUGGCCAACGCUGUGUUCUUACUACAAACGAGAUGUAUGCAUACAUUUUUGAAUUACAAAAAUAACAAGAGAUUAGGACUGAAAACAUUUGGGUGCGGCGUUCUUCAGAAGAAAGGAUUCUGCUUUGGAUGUGGUGAUUUUUUUAUUAUUUUGCCUUCUGUAUUUCCUUGGCUGUUGUGGACAUUUUGGAUUCCUUUUUAGUUUUAAUGUUCGUUUUUAUAUUUUUACCCAAAUACAAUUAUUUUUGAUAACUAUUUCCCCCGUUGAUUUUAGUAAUCGCUUUUUGUUUAUGUAUUGUUUGCCUGGACACUUUUUCAGCGAGACGCAAACUCUGAACAAUAAACAACUUUUGAGGGGAUUGGUCUCGCGAAAGAAUGCGUCUGACUGAUUAGCUAGCCAGCUAGCUAGCUAGCUAGGUAGGUGUAGUUUAAGUGGAUGCUUGGAAGAAACAAACCUUGUCGGCCAGCGAAUUUCUACAGUUUAAAACGUUCGUGGAUUUAACCAUUUUCGGACUAUAUAUCCAAUGAGAAACUAAAUCGACACCAUUGUAUGAUAAACACCUGUGCUGCUGUUGGGUCUCUCACCUGCCACCAGCUGGGAUCCAGUAGCCCGGGUCAUAAAUGACAAGUGCCUGAGGAUGUCUAGCAAGCGGAACCUGUUUGUGCGGCUUGUGCCGUGCCGCUGCCUGCGGGGGGAGGAGGAGACGGUGACGUCACUGGACUACUCCCACUGCAGCCUGGAGACAGUGCCUAAGGAGAUCUUCAGCUUCGAGAAGACCCUGGAGGAGCUCUAUCUGGACGCCAACCAGAUUGAGGAGCUGCCCAAACAACUGUUCAACUGCCAGAUGCUCCACCGGCUGAGCAUGCCAGACAACGACCUCACAGUGCUGCCCGCGGCCAUCGCCAACCUCAUCAAUCUCAAGGAGCUGGACGUCAGCAAGAACAGUAUCCAGGAGUUUCCAGAAAAUAUCAAGAACUGCAAAGUCCUGGCUAUUGUUGAAGCAAGUGUGAAUCCCAUCUCCAAGCUCCCAGAGGGUUUCACCCAGCUCCUCAGCCUGACACAGCUCUACCUGAAUGACGCCUUCCUCGAGUUCCUACCAGCCAGCUUUGGCAGGUUGACUAAACUGCAGAUCCUGGAGCUGAGAGAGAACCAGUUAAAGAUGUUGCCAAAAAGCAUGCACAAGCUCACCCAGCUGGAGAGAUUGGACUUGGGGAGUAACGAGUUCACUGAAGUGCCUGAGGUAUUGGAGCAGCUCACUGGAAUCAAAGAGUUGUGGAUGGAUGGAAACAGACUGACAUUCCUACCAGGGAUGCUAGGCGCUCUGAAGCAGCUGUCCUACCUUGACGUCUCCAAGAACAACCUGGAGAUGGUGGACGAGCAGAUUUGUGGCUGUGAGAGCCUGCAGGACCUACUGCUCUCUAACAAUGCACUCACACAGCUGCCCGGAUCCAUAGGCUCCCUGAAGAAACUAACCGCCCUAAAAGUGGACGAGAACCAGCUCAUGUAUCUGCCAGACUCCGUCGGAGGGCUGGCAGCCCUGGAUGAGCUGGACUGUAGUUUUAACGAGAUCGAGGCUCUGCCCUCCUCCAUUGGACAGUGUGUCAGCAUACGCACUUUUGCCGCUGACCACAACUUCCUCACACAGCUGCCCCCAGAGAUGGGCAGCUGGAAGAGUGCCACUGUGCUGUUCCUGCACUCCAACAAGCUGGAGUCUCUACCUGAGGAGAUGGGAGACAUGACCAAGCUCAAGGUCAUCAAUCUCAGCGACAACAAAUUGAGGAACCUUCCCAACAGCUUCACCAAGCUUAACCAGAUGACUGCUAUGUGGCUGUCUGAGAACCAGUCGAAGCCCCUCAUCCCUCUGCAGAAGGAGGAGGAUCCAGAGACCCACAAGACGGUUCUCACCAACUACAUGUUCCCCCAGCAGACCAGGACAGAGGACUGCAUCCCUAACUCUGACAGUGAGAGCUUCAACCCCUCUUUGUGGGAGGAGCAAAGGAAGCAGCGGGCCCAGGUGGCCUUCGAGUGUGACGAGGACAAGGAUGAGAGGGAGACGCCUCCGCGGGAGGGCAACCUGAAGCGCUACCCGACACCGUACCCAGACGAGCUGAAGAACAUGGUGAAGACGGCCCAGUCGAUCGCUCACAGGCUGAAGGAGGACGAGUCGGGCGACGAGUCGGGGAAGGAUGCCAGACCUAAUGAGCGGAUCCAUGUGGGAGUGCAGGACGUGGGAGUCAAGGUGAUCGAGGCUCCCCGCGCCAAUGGCAAGCCAGUAGAGAUGGAGCCCAAAGCGCCUGUCUGUGUCCAGGACUCCACAGUACCCCUGGAGACCUCUGAAUCCUACACCUCCCAGAAGACCUCACUCCGGACCUCGGACAAUACCAAGACCAUGAACCACGAGGACACCCUGGAGGAUUCUGAGGAGCUUUCAUCUGAGGAGGAGAUGAAGAUGGCGGAGAUGAGACCUCCUCUCAUUGAGAUCUCCAUCAACCAGCCCAAAGUGGUGGCACUUAGUAAAGACAAAAAAGAUGAUGGUAAAGACGCUGACUCGUUGCUGGACGAGACAGUGGCCAACAGCAAUCAGAACAACAGCAACUGUUCGUCCCCGUCACGCAUGUCGGACUCUGUGUCUCUGACCACGGACAGCAGUCAGGACAACUCCCUGUGCACCCCCGAGAGAGAGGCCAAGAUGCCCUUCCUACCCAAGAGCAGGCAAGAGGAUGAGAACAUGAAUCAGCAGAAGGUAAGCACCCCUCUCCUCCAGAACGGCAACGGCCCAGACACGACCCUGCAGGCCCUCCUGAAGAACCAGCAGUGCUACGAGUCCAAGCCAGAGAAGAUUGUGGGGGACUACGACCUGUCCAUGGAGGAGAGGCUGGCCUUCAUCAAGAAGGGCAUCAACAACGGCAUGGGCGACGGCUACACCCAGUGGGACCAGAUCAACAUGAACGUGGCUAAGCUCCCGCCGCAGCCGGACAACAUGGUGGUCCAGCUGGAUGACUGUCCGAAUGGCACAAGCACCAAGGAGGCCUUUCACCAUUUGCCUCCGCCGUAUAACAACAAAAACUAUACGGCGCCCAUUACAGACCACUUGGAGAACGGCAGCCAGCUGGGCGACCACUUUAACGGCCGCUCCAGCGAGGGAUUGGCCGUGUCGCCCAUGAGGUUAGACUCUGCCACGUCGGUGGUACGGACUGCUUCUGCGUGCGUGACGUCCAGCAGUGACAUGUCACUGUCUCGCAGCACAGAGGAGCUGUCCCCGGUGGCCAAGGCUCAGAGCAUCACCAACAUUGAGACAGGGGAGAUGAAGCUGUACUCCUUGGACACUGAGGGGGGCUCCUACGAGGGUGGCGUAGUGGGCAGGAUGGCCGGAGCCGUACCGGGGUCCCAGGGUCAAAGCAUCGUCCGCAGCAAGUCAGCCUCCCUGCUAAACGACCAGCCCUUCCAGGUCUAUCCCGGCUCUUCAGCCUCUUCCUCCGACCUGCUCGCCAGCUCCUCAAAGCCUCCUGUCAGCACCGGCCGCUACCCCGUCCCCUCAGGCAUGGCCAUAGGCCCGCCGCCCCAGUACAACGUACAGUACACCAGCAGCGCCUUGCCCAAAGAAGGCCUGUGGACCCAUAGGACCCUCGUCCCCCCUGACCAGGGCUACCUCCCUCCACCCCAGCACUCUCUGGCCAACACCAACUACUCCAACCGCAACCAGGCCCCUCCAUAUCCCCACCAGGCCCAGCAGAGAGGCCCGCCUAUGGGGCCCAAGCAGCCCGGUGACAUGUGGGCUAAGGAGAGACACCUGCCCCCCGGUGGUCAGCCACGGAGCAGCACCCUGCAGAGGCAGAGCAGCAGCUCCUCCACGGCCUCUAUGGGGGACCCCCGGCGCAUGCAGGUGCCCGAGGGAGACUACAUGACGUACAGGGACAUCCACACCCUGGGCCGGGGGCCGCUGGCCAUAGCCCAGAACAUGCAGAGGCCUCUGUCGGCCCGCACCUACAGCAUCGACGGGCCCUGUGCCCCCAGGCCUCACAGCGCCAGGCCACAGCCCCACGAGCUGCCCGAGAGGACCAUGUCGGUCAGCGACUUCAACUACCAGCACGUCAGCCCCAGUAAAAGGCCCAAUGCCAGGGUGAAGUCUGAGCAAUCGCUGUUGGACGGGCCAGGAGGACCGGGAGCAGGAGGAAGGGUACCAGUGGAUUGGAGAGACCAGGUGAUGCGCCACAUCGAGGCCAAGAAGAUGGAAAAGGAUGACGUGUUAGGUCCUCAAGGACAACAGGGCUACACCAUGGACACCCUCCGAAAAGUGCCUUUGAUGAAUGGUCAGAUGGGCGGUCCAGUGCGAGGCCAGAUGACGUCGUGCCAGGCGCCCAUGGCCCGCCACCCCUCCAGAGAGCAACUCAUCGACUACCUGAUGCUUAAGGUCUCCCAUGGCCAGCAGCCCCAGGGACCCCCUCCGCCACGGGCCACUCACGACACACUGCAGCAGGAGAUCUGUGUGAAAGUGGAGAAGAACCCUGAGCUAGGGUUCAGUAUAUCAGGAGGAGUGGGAGGACGGGGAAACCCCUUUCGUCCGGAAGAUAAUGGCAUCUUUGUGACGAGGGUCCAGCCUGAGGGACCUGUGUCAAAGAUCCUCCAGCCUGGAGACAAGAUCCUCCAGGCGAACGGAUACAGCUUUGUGAACAUUGACCACGGGAACGCCGUAGCCCUGCUGAAGACGUUUCCCACCACUGUGGAUAUGAUCAUCGUCCGAGAGGUGACAGCGUAGAGCGAGACAGACAGGACUGUGACCUCCGAUCCAGACGAAACCACACGAGAACUGAAUGUCCACUUCCUUCUUAUUUUUAUACACAGAUGAGCCUGGCAAACUGCUUUAUGGUGAAGAGAACCUUUAAGAGCUUUUGGGAUAACGGGGGCCGAACCACUGCAUCAAGUGGACUUGGGGGGGAUAGCCCGUCACUGUGGGAUAGCCCGGUUAUUUUUUACUCAGAGGACGCAGCAGAGAAGGCGUGUGCUCCAAUGACACAGAGAUUUUGUAAAGACUGCUUUCUGUAAAGACUUGUUUUUUCAAAGAAAAUAAUUCACCCUCAUCAUUGCAGUUUCUAGUUGCUGUAGUUGAGCAUUAACUGUAGUUGACCACUAGAGGACAGGGCUACCUCUCUUUCUCUCUUUAUCGCUCUCUGCUUACAUCUGAUUUGCCUUUAUUUUUAAGUCAUGUUAUUAUUAUUUUUAAGAAGAUGCUGAAACCACUUGUUUGACUUAGCCGAGAUGUGAUAUGGGGGACAAUGUUAUGUGCUUUCUUGUGGAGACAAAUGUAGUACUGGAUUGCGCUUUCGGGGAGAGUUUCUUUUCUAAAAUUUCCCCCCUGCCUACUUACAAUUGUGACAGUUUUUGGAACGAGUUCCAUACAUGGUGGAUAUUUCAGAAGGACAAUUUAUUUGCCUCUGCCUCCAUAGCACCUGUGAGCCACACUGCAUACAUCCAGUAUCUGUACUGUCCUCAUUUUAGCAUAGGAGCAGUUUCAGUAGCCUCCAUGGCACCACUGGCUUGAAAUAUCCCUCACUCACCUCUUAACUCCUGAACAAAUCCUCCGUCACUGAAUCAACCGCCCCGAGUGCCGACUACUUGGAUGCUGUAAAACGCUCUCUGUAUGUGAAAUGGAAUUGGGACUGGGAUAUGGAACAGAUCAUGAGAGGAUGCCUUUGCUUGGCCUUAGUUAGCCUAGCCAGAAUGUGAUGUGAGAAUGGGUCAGAAGGCGGAGUGGUAAAGGUAGGUAAGCUAAGCAUGUGUGGGGACCAUGGCCAGGGGUGUAUUCAUUACGCUGAUUUUGUUGCAAAACAUUUCUUAAACGGAAGCAAACUCAACGAAACAGGGAGGGACCUAGCUGAAAGUGUCUAAUAUAAACUGUUUUAGUUGCAAAAAGUUCAGUUUUGCAACUGUUUGGACGAAUGAUUACACCCCAUGUGUUGGAGGUGCUGCUGGGAGUGACACCCUAUUCCCCAUAGAGCACGCUACAUACUAGUGGUGAACUGUAUACAAAAGGAUAUAGGGUGUCAUUUCAGAUGCAGCCUGUGUCAGACUGAGCAGGUAUAGGCCUGGUCUCUGUGCCCCUUUCACUCAUGUUGGUAAGACUCUAAAGGGCUUCUCCCCGAAGGCAGCCAUUGGUGACUAGAAAACACUCACACAUGCUUUCAGAUUGAAAAGGGGUUUCUGUCUGUAACAUUUUUUUUAAGUGGCGGAAAAUAACAUAUUUUUAGACAUCAUGCAUCAUCUCUUUUUGUGUUGAGAUAGUGUUUCAUAUAUGGACUCUGCUCUACGCUGGAUCAAAUGAACUAGGGGGGAGCUGUCAAGUGCCAUAGACCUUGAACUGUUAGAACAAGGGGAGGGAAGGAGUGACUACCCUGACCCUCAAGCAAUAUUCACGUACUUCGUUUCACAACAAACUAAACGCUCUCCUCUUGAGUACACGCCGCGUGACUUGUCAUAAUGGUUAAAUAGCAAUAGGAUUUGUUUUCAUUCAGAAAGACAUCCGAUUGCAUUUUUAAUAACCUGUAAUAAAAAAUUGUUACACAGGA